AUGAUCACCUGCAUCAUAGCACUCUCCAACCAAGUCCACCUUCAAAAGCAAGAACAUAUAUUCUGUGCAGCUCUUUUUCAGUCUCUACUUUUCGAAGCAUGUGGACGAACGGUUAACCCGGUUAACGGUGACGUUGGACUACUAUGGACUGGAAACUGGCACAUAUGUCAGGCCGCCAUUGAAACGGUGCUCCGAGGAGGCUCCCUCAGGCCUAUGCCGGAGCUAUUCGGUCUCAACGUGCCUGUUCCUGUUGCUGUUGACGCCGACUCCGAGAGAAAAGUCACGUGCACUGACGCGCGGAAGCUCCAAGACCUGAACCCGAGUCCGAGCAUAAGGUUCACGAGCUCUCGAUCUGGUAAAGACAGUUCCGGCUGGAAGCGGAAGCAAUCAGAAGAGUGGGUCGCGGUGGGGAGGUGA